GGCUGCUGUUUUGUUCAUGAUGCAGAGAAGAAGGAUCGAUCUGCUUGCUUCCCCUUCACCCUUCUGGGCACUGCUGGCACUGCUGCGGCAGGAGCCCGGUAUGGGGUGGCUGCCGUGUGGUCCAGAUGGCUGCACCACGUCACGGGGUCCCAGUAGACUGGAGGCUGGCGGUGGGGAAGGAGCUGAUAAGCUCAGCCAGGUUCCUGAUAAGCAUUCCUUUGGCCCUUGGCCCCUGAAGGCUCUGCUGUUACUGGAGGAUUCGGGAGACAACCACUUAUGGCAAGUCUACCAUGAAGGCCUGAAAAACUUUCUUUCUUUUAGAGAAGGCAUGGCUCUGUCUGCAGUCUGGCCAAUUCCAGUCGAACAACUGAGAGAGUUUCUGGUUGCCAUGGAGUCCCAGAAUGUGCCUCCCACAAAAAUAAUAAUGUACAUGAAAGGACUGUCUUUCAUCUCCAGAAUGGUAGAUCAUCCUGAUCCUCUUCCAGAUCCUGUUAUCUGUUCCAUGAUGUCAAGGUUGAAACGCAGGACUCGCUGUUCAAAUGAUGAAUACUCUCCUGUAACAGUUGAAGUGUUAAGAUUUCUCCUGGGAACUCUGGAGUCUGUGUGUAGCUCUCCUUAUGAGUGUAUGUUGUUCCGUGCCAUUUUUACUGUAGCUUUUUUUGGUGUACUCCAUAUAGAAGAGAUGGUGGCAAAUCAGCAAAACAUAGCACAGCCAGAGCUCCUGUACUUGAGUGACCUCCAGCUGAUGGAAGGGAGUGCAAACCUUUUUCUGCAUACAUCUCAAAUGGGCCAGCAGAGGUAUUUGGUCCAACUAAGAUUAUGUAAAGAGAUGUGGUUAUGUCCCGUUGAAGCUCUCCGUAUCUAUGUGGCAGCACGGCCACAGGGAGAGGGCCCUCUCUUUGUGCACUCAAAUAGUCUGGCUGUGACAAAGAGGGAGUUCCUCGCUGUCUUCCGCCGUGGUCUUAGGGUUGCUGGACUUCCUCCAAACCAGUAUGGCGUGCAUUCCUUCUGGCUGGGGAACCAUAACAGCAGUAUCUCAUGGGCAUCCCCACAAAGUGAUUAAUAGAAUGGCAAGGUGGUGGUGAAGAUUCUGAAAAAGACAUACUUCUGUCUAUCUGUUGCACUUUCAUAGUAGGGGGUAUCUUCUGCAAUUCACAAAUUUUAUGCUUUUCACAGACUAAAUUUUCAGUGCUCUGUAAAGUUAGAGAGAAGGGGAGGAAUAAGUGGAGGGUGACUUCACACCUGUGGUGGUAUUGAGAAUGAAGUGUCAUGGUUCUAAAACUGGGACUUAUGGGGCAGUGCAUAUGGUAUUCAGCAUGUUUGUUCUGAUUGAAUUUUGACCUUGUGUAAUCUUACAUUAAAUGGUGUUUUCUUUCAAGAACUUCUCUAGGUUGGUUUUUUUUUUUACCCCCUGGUCAAAGGCCAUUCAUUGCAGUGGUGACAAUGUAACUUGCUACAAGCCUGCACUCUUUUUACUGUCUAGUGUGAUGAGAAGUAAAGCUAACUGACAGCUGGUGAUAAUGUGACACCAGCAGUGAAGUUACUCUGUUGUCCAAAUUGCAGCUCCAUAGCAGCUGCAUCCAACCUCACCUGUUGCUGCUGCAGUCUCAGUCUCCUUACCUACAGAAGCCUUCCC